CCGAAUAAAGUUGGGAAGAAAUGGAAGGCUCGCUUCCUCUCCACAUAUGCCAUGUCAACCCUCUAUCCAUAUUCAUCAACAGAUCACAUACUUUUAUCCACUCCAUAGCUUUAGCUCUUUUGAUUUACUACAGAGCCUCCUUUCUCUCCCAACACCCCAAGACCAGUGCCACACCAAUUCUACCAUGGCUUCUUGUGUUCGUUGCUGAGCUCGUGCUCUCUUUCAUAUGGCUCAUCGGCCAAGCCUAUCGCUGGCGUCCCGUUUCUCGAACAGUCUUUCCAGAAAGAUUGCCAGAGGAUGAUAAGCUCCCGGCGAUUGACGUGUUUAUAUUCACCGUGGAUCCAAAUAAGGAGCCAACUUUGAAGGUGAUGAACACUGUGUUAUCGGCCAUGGCGCUGGAUUAUCCACAAGGGAAGCUUCACGUGUAUGUUUCAGAUGAUGGGGGGUCUCCUGUAACUUUGCAUGGUUUGAAGGAGGCUUGGCGGUUUGCAAAGUGGUGGCUUCCUUUUUGUAGGAGGUACAGAAUCAAGACAAGGUGCCCGGAGGCUUAUUUCUCGGCUUCAAACGAUGAUGAUGAUGAAGGGUUUGGGAGUUCUGAGUUUAUCACAGAGAGAAAGAAGACUCAGGAAAGAUACGAGAUGUUCAAGAAAUCUAUAACUGAAGUAAAAGAGAGAGGAAGACUUGGUGACAACAGUAGGAUCACUGCUCAAGAUCACCCUUCUGUUAUUGAGGUGAUACAAGAUGAUUCCGAUGAUAAAGUACAAGAAGACCAAGAAAAUAUUCCACUUCUUGUUUAUGUUGCUCGUGAGAAAAGGCCUUCUCAUCCCCAUCAUUUUAAAGCCGGAGCAGUCAAUGUUCUUCAACGAGUCUCUAGCGUGAUAAGCAACUCCCCCUACAUAUUGGCACUUGAUUGUGACAUGUAUUGCAAUGACCCGACUUCAGCUAGGCAAGCAAUGUGUUUCCACCUUGAUCCUAAGAUCUCGCCCACACUUGCUUUUGUUCAAUUUCCUCAGAGAUUCCACAACAUCUGUAAGAACGACAUCUAUGAUGCUCAACUGAGAUCAGCAUAUUCGUUAAUGUGGUGUGGUCUAGAUGGGCUCCAGGGACCUGUAUUGUCUGGCACUGGCUUUUAUAUCAAGAGGGUGUCAUUAUGUGGAAGUUUCAUACACGAAGAUGUUGAUCUCACGGAACUUAAACAGUCAUUUGGUUCAUCCAAUGAAUUAAUCAAAUCCCUUCACGGAAACUACGAGCCUAAUGCGAUCAAUGGUCAACAAGAAUUGUUGAAAGAGACUCAAGUAUUAGCCUCCUGCACCUAUGAAAAUGACACUAAAUGGGGCAAAGAGGUUGGUUUCCUAUAUGAUUCUGUGGCAGAAGAUUUCUUUACCGGGUUCAUCUUACAGUGCAAAGGUUGGACCUCGGUUUAUUGUAAUCCAUCGAGGGCACAAUUCUUAGGAAGCGGCAGUGCGAAUUUGAAUGACUUAAUGAUUCAAGGCAUGAGAUGGAGCUCUGGGUUGAUAGAAGUCGGUUUCUCAAAGUUUUGUCCCCUCAUAUAUGGUCCACCAAGGAUGUCAUUUCUUGAGAGCAUGUGCUAUGGAGAACUGUCAUUUUUCCCUUUCUAUUUCUUGCCAUUAUGGUGUUUUGCCACUAUUCCACAAUUGUGUUUACUCAAUGGAAUCCCAUUGUACCCUAAGGUUUCAAGCUCAUAUUUUGUUAUAUUUUUGUUCAUCUUUUUAUCGUCUCUAGCUAAACUUUUGCAAGAAAUCCUCUUUACUGGAGGGUCAUUCCUCUCAUGGGUAAAUGAACAAAGGAUAUGGAUGAUGAAGUCAGUUACAUUUCACUUAUAUGGAACCUUAGAUGGUAUUAUGAAGCGUAUUGGUAUUAAAGAAGCCAGUUUUGUGCCCAGCAACAAAGUUGAUGACGAUGAACAACUCAAAUUAUACGAAAUGGGCAAAUUUGGUUUCCAAAUACCAAACAUUUUUCUUGUUCCUAUGGUUGCUCUUAUCAUCUUGAACAUGGCUUCGUUUGUUGGUGGACUUGUCAGAGUGGUCUUUUUGGGCGAUUGGGACAAUAUGUUUGUGCAAGUUUUCAUCUCAUUCUACAUCUUAGUUAUAAAUUUUCCAAUAAUUGAGGGGAUGAUAAUAAGGAAGGACAAGGGACGUGUUCAACCAUCAGUUACUCUAUUAUCUGCUAUGUUUUCCACAAUUUUCUUGUUAGUGGGAUCAUUCAUUCUCCAUUGCUAAUUGGUGAGUAUGUAUUAUAAUUUCUUACUAAUUAUAUCAUCAUUUUGAAUUCAAUAUAGAAAAGACUAUUGUAGAUGCAUUCUACAAAUAAAGUUUUUGAUGUCCUCUA